CAACUAUGGAACACGGAAACAGGUCAACUAUAUCGCACGCUUGAGGACCACCUGAAUUCAGUUGAUCGCGUAAUAUUUUCUCCCGACUGUCGACAGUUGGCUUCGAUUGAAGAAGGUGGCACAAUCACUUUAUGGGAUAUUCAAACUGGAGGACAAAUGUACAGCCUGGAGUCGCGUGGAAGUUGGGUGUGCAUGGCUUUCUCACCAAAUGGAACGAAAUUAGCCUCAAGCUCCCAUGAUGUAGUACGGGUAUGGGAUGUUAGCACAGGCAUCCUAAAACAAGAGCUAAAGGGGCAUAGCGGCAAAGUCACUGUGGUUGCCUUUUCGCCUGAUGGAAACAUCAUAGCUUCCGGUUCCAACGAUGCCAAAAUUCGUUUUUGGGACUUAGAAACAGGCGCAUUAUCUCAAACACUCGUGGAUUCAGGGGCCACUAAUCAGGUAGUGUUCUCCGCAGAUGGGAGACUUGUGGCAUCCGGAACUCUUUCUCAGACAUUUCGUCUUUGGGAUAGAGAAAAGGGGAAGUCCCUUUAUGUUUCUAAUCUGGAUCGUGCCUCCCAUUAUCGGAACGGGAUAACCAAUUUACGCUUUUCAAGCGAUAGCACUUACUUAGAAGCGGACUUUGGAACAUUUCGUGUCCCUUUUCGUGAAGGGAUUAACUCUUUAUCUAGCCCACGACAAGAUGUGACAUUGGGAGACGAGUGGCUGCACAUCGGGGGAGAAAGAGUUCUUUGGCUGCCAAUUGAGUACAGACCCAAAGCAUCGGCGUAUUACAACGGUACGUUCGCCAUUGGGAGUGAAUCUGGCCUCGUAUCAUUCAUCACUGUCGAUAUGAGUGCAGACGCAAAUGGCCACUCUUGAUCUAUUGAAGAAUAUUCGGAGUACUUCUCUUUUCGACUAUUGUGGACGCUUCAGUCAAUUGAUAGAAAGCGCAGGAGGCAACACACGACAUUGAAUAUAUAUACGACAAGCACUCAUUGAUAUGCUGUACAGAGUAUGGGCCUAUAUAGUUCUUUAGACAUUUACUACUCAACAUACCAGCAAGAAGUCAAACCACGGCGCUAUCAUGUGCAGCUCGACAGGCACUUUAUGGCCAUUUCCAUGCCCAUGCGUAUGGAUAACAUCCAACCCAAGAGAAUGUGAAUGGGUUUGAUCGGGAGUUAUUGAUUCGCUUUCAAGCUUUCUUUAUACAAGGAGUAGAUAGGCUAUGUAUGGUAUGAAGUAUUCCAAGUCGAUCAAUCAAUUUAUGAG